AUGGUCUCCCCUGAACGGCUGAAGGAAGUAUGGGUCCCACUGUCGGACGAGUAUGCGUACAAGAAGCGCAAAUUGCGCGUCGCCACGAUCGGCGCUGGCUUCUCGGGGUUGAUCUUCGCGCACAAGAUCCAGCAUGAGCAGCCCGAGCUGCAGGAAUUUGUGGAUCAUGUCAUCUUCGAGGCCAACGACGAUGUCGGCGGCACGUGGAAGGCCAACACGUACCCGGGCGUGCAGUGCGACGUGCCGGCCCAUAUCUAUGCUUUCCCCUUUGAUCCGAAUCCCGACUGGUCAAAGUUCUAUGCCGAUGGGCCGGAGAUUCUGGAGUAUAUCCAGCGGACGGUCAAGAAGUGGAAUCUCAAUCGAGACAUUCAGUUCAAUACGCGCGUCGUUGCUCUCGAGUGGCUGGAAGAGGAGGGGAAGUGGAAGAUCCGUGUCCGGAAGGACGGACAGGAGGAAAGGGAUGAGUUCGCCGACGUCCUCGUCUCAGCUCAGGGCUUUCUCAGCCAAUGGAAAUGGCCAGAUAUACCCGGCAUUGAGACGUUCAAGGGCCACAAAGUCCACUCAGCAGCCUGGGAUCACUCCUUCGACUACUCGCACAAACGAAUUGGAAUCAUCGGAAACGGAUCGUCCGCUAUCCAGAUUUUGCCACAGAUGGCCAAGUUGCCGGGCACCCAGGUGGUGAGCUUUCAGAGGGGAGCCACCUGGAUCACUCAGAGUCUGGGCGAGGCGCUCGGUGUCGGUGGCGAGGUAGGGAGCAAGUUUAACCCUGGAUACACCAAGGCCGACAAAAGGCGGUUCCGAAAUCCUGCAAAACACAAGGCAUAUCGGAAGAUGCUGCAACAUGGCAUGAACAAAGGAUUCAGGCUGUUCCGCAAAGGUUCUGUCCAAAACGCCAAAUCCACCCAAGUCACAGUUGAGCGCAUGCGAGCAGCAUUGAACAACAACCCAGAACUCUGCGAGAAGCUCAUCCCCAACUGGACGCUCGGUUGCCGCCGCUUGACCCCUGGCGAAGGCUACCUAGAAUCCUUCCUAUUGCCAACGGUGUCAUUGGAGAAAUCGUCCAUCGCGCGCAUCACCGAGACGGGCAUCGAGACGGAAUCCGGCACGCACUACGACCUGGACGUGAUCGUGUGCGCCACGGGGUUCGACGUAUCGCACAUCCCGCACUACCCCGUGACGGGGCGCAACGGGAUGACGCUGGCGGAGAAGUGGAAAGACGAGCCCGAGAGCUACCUGAGCGUGGCGUGUCCGGAUUUCCCAAACUACUUCAUCUUCACGGGGCCUAAUGCCACCGUCGGCCACGGCACGCUCAUCACCAGCAUGACCUGGACGGCCGAGUACAUUGUCAAGUGGCUGCACAAGAUCGCUGGUGAGGACAUCCACUCAGCGGCACCCCGGCAGGACGCCACCGACGAGUUCGUCACCUACGGCGACGAGAUCCAGCAGACCCUCACCUGGACGGGCGGCUGCAAGAGCUGGUACAAGAAGAACCGCGUCGACGGCCGCGUCACCGCCACCUGGCCCGGCAGCGCCCUGCUCUACCGCGAGGUAAUACUGCGCGAAAUCCGCGGCGAGGACUGGGACGUGCGCUACCGCUCGCGGAACCGUUGGCGUGGCAUCCUGGGUAACGGCUUCACCAGGCUCGAGAUCGAUGCUGAGGAGAAGGAGCAGCAUGGCGAGUCGGUCGAUCUGGCCUUUUAUGUUGCUCGUUGA